GGUUCGCCUUUUGGCUCUCUUGUUCAAUCCUCGCGCUUGCAGGCACCGUUUCUUUCUCAACGUAACUCUUUCAUGUGCGCAUCCCUGCAUAAGCCACACAGCACUGCGGCUGUGAAUGUGUCUCCAUUCCUCCUGAAUCUUCCUCUUGUACAACAUGAUUCCGUCCUGCUUCCUCCUCAUCCCCCUUUACCCAGUCUUUAUACUGCCCCCAGUAUAGCAACCACAUCAGGGCCACUCGAAAACCCCUCCUCUCCCCUCACUGAGUGCAUCCUACUUAACUUGACGGAGAAGCGCAUUGUGCGCGAUUGA